AUGGAUUCGUUCCUUCGCGCUACCACAGGACAUGACACACGUUGUCUAUCAUCCUUCGACGCUUUCGUCCACCGGUGCAUGUACCGUCACGUGGACGGUGCGGCCCUUGGUGUGGCUCGGGCACUUUUCGGACUGGCCAUGCUGAUCGACAUACCCGAGGAGCGCGGCGGUGGAGAUUUGGAUCUGCGCUGGGGUGAACCCCGGGACUGCCGGUUUCCGCUUAUCCACACGAUGCUUCCACCCUCACUGCCAAAGCUGGGACUUAUCUACGGGCUGAUGUGGCUCGGUGCAGCCGGCAUAAUGCUGGGCUUUCACUUCCGCACAUCGGCUGCCAUUUUCGCCGGGACGUACUGGUACGUGUUUUUGCUGGACAAAAGUGUCUGGAACAACCACAGCUACCUGUACGGGUUGCUGGGAACCAUUCUGCUUUUCACCGAUGCUCAUCGGUGUUGGUCGAUCGAUGCGUGGCGAAAGCCCAUCGGCCCGCAAACGGUGCCCUUCUGGAACUAUUUCAUACUAAAGUUUCAGUUCUUUGUGCUGUACUUUCUGGCCGGUUUGAAGAAACUGUGCCACGAGUGGUUGUCCGGGUACGCCAUGACGAACCUCAGCUACCACUGGGUGUUUUUUCCUUUCCGCGUGCUUAUUGGCCCGAAGCUGACCGAUCUGCUGGUUGUGCAUUGGUUCGGGUGUUUCUUCGACACGACGGUUGCGUUUUUCCUCGUGUACGGUCGUACGCGCAAAAUGGCCACUCUGUUUUCCGGCGCGUUUCAUUUGAUGAACUCGCGGCUUUUCACCAUCGGUAUGUUUCCGUGGGUUUGCCUCACGCAGCUGCCCCUGUACUACAGCUUUAGUUGGCCACGGAAAGUUCGCCUAAUGAAUGCUGCAAAAACCGAACCGGAUCAACGGAAUGCUAAGCUACCGAGGAGUGGGAAGGAUACUCACAAACACCGCAGAAGAAGGUGGUCGAUGUUCGCCAUGCUGGUGUACUGCGCGUUGCAGCUCUUCCUGCCGUAUUCGCACUUCCUGACGCAAGGAUACAACAACUGGACGAAUGGGUUGUACGGGUACUCGUGGGAUAUGAUGGUGCACGCCUGGGACACGAUCCUGAUCGGCAUCCGUGUUGUGGAUCGUGACAAUCAGGAGCAGGUACACUACGUUGAACCGUUCGCCUUCACCGACAACGAUCGCUGGACGAAGCACGCCGACAUGGCCGUCCAGUUUGCGCGCUGUGUCGAGCGAAAUGUACGCCAGGAAGCCACCGGUCAAUGGGCAUCGAUCGGUCCCAGUACGAUCCCUCCCGCGAGUCGCAACGUUUCCAUUUUCUUCGACAUCUGGUGCAGCAUGAACGGGCGCUUUCAACAGAGAGUAUUCAAUCCGAACGUUGACAUUCUGCGGGCCACGUGGUCACCGUUUGAAUCCGUCGAUUGGGUACUUCCGGUGCUGCAUCAAUUCAACGGGCUACGAGACACGCUUAUGCGGCACCGAACAGAGGAGGUGCUCAGCUGGAGCAACCAUUCGGAUGUCCUGUUUAUUGCGGAUUUUCCGGGGCUGACGCUUCGCAACUUCGUCAGCGAUGACCUGUACAACGUGACGCUCCACGUGCUACAGGGCACGGUUCGGUAUGAAUCGGCGCAGGAAAACGAUCACCCAACAAUCCUUCAGCUUGGGCAGAGCGUUUCACUCCAGUCGGGUAGAUUCCAUGCCGUUGAAACGAUCGGAAACGAACCGUCCUGCUACGUAUACACGUUUGUUAAUCGCACCAAAGAACGGGAGGCGACACUGCAUGGUGGCCCAGGCGUGAAAUCCUCACACGCUAUACUUCCGUUGGGGGACGAAUUUCAACAUCGGUGGGAAAAUUUCGUCCGCUUUCUGCAGCACGUUGGAAAUUCGCUACUUUACGAGCUGUACGGUGUCCCGAUGCCAAGGCGUCUUAAAGCGCUCGUCGAUGAUAGUCAUUGAUAAUUAUUGUAUGCAUAUGUGUGUUAAUGUUGUGAAAUGAGUCGUUGAUAGAGGAUUUUUUUUUUAUUUUGUUUUAAGAGAGAUUGAAUUGACUACAUGGGAUUAAGGAAAUAAAAUAUUGGCAUCUUACAAAUCGCUGGCAAUAUACAUAACCAAACAGCCAGACGUAACCAUGA